AUGGGUUUUGCAAUGAGAUUAAUGGUGGUAUUGGUCUUGUUUUCAGCAUUAACAAGUUCAUUAAUCAAAGGUGAAGUGUAUAAAGUUGGCGAUUCUGCUGGUUGGACAAGUGUUAUGGAUGUGGAUUAUAAGCAUUGGGCGGAAACUAAAACUUUUCAUGUUGGUGAUACCAUAAUUUUCAAGUACAACAAAGAAUUCCACAAUGUGUUGCAAGUAAGCUACGAGAACUACAAAUCAUGCAAUGCAACAAAUCCUAUAGCCAUCUUUACCACAGGAAACGACUCGAUAACCAUCAAGUCUCCGGCGCACUUCUUUUACAUCUGCGGCUACCCCCAGCACUGCCAAGCCGGCCAGAAGGUCGAUAUACGGGUCCCUCGCUCCGUUGCUCCGGGACCAGCUCCCGGGCCUAGUCUGCCACCAACAUCCGCACCGCGAAUACCGCCAGUUCCCGGUAAUGGUACCGGCUCAUCAAGCCUCAACACCAAAUGUUGCUUCUAUACAAUAGUGUUGGCACUUUUAGCAAUUUUUGCUUAUUAG